AUGACACCAACCGGGAAGGAGCGCGCCUACAUCUCCUCACCUCUUGGCCAGACGCGCAAGGAAACCCAUGCGCAUAUGCAACAAGAACUGGCAACGGCGGCGGCAACGGCCACCCUGCCAGAACCACAAGAAUCCCUCACGGCCCUCGCGGGCCGCCUGUCUGCUACCCUCACCUCCCUCAGCCAGGAAGUGGGACACCCGCAGACACCACCGCCAGAGAUGGCUUCCGGUGAUAUAUCCGAGGCCUACUACCUCUUUGGCAUCGACGACCCCAAAAGUUGCCCCAUAACGGGGCAUGACCCAAGGCAGUGGGCAUGCCGGUUCUGGGUCAGCUAUACGCUCAAUAUGGGCGCCGAACCCUCCGUCCCGGCAUUUUGCCGCCUCUCGGAGUUGCUAAUGGCCAUCUGCAUCUACUUCAAAGUCCCAGUGUUGGCCUACAUCGACGACCAGAACUACUUCGCCGCAACAACGCAGAAAAUCUUUGUUGCGAGGACUUUCGUCCACCAGUUGGCAGCAUGCCCCGGCCUGCCGCUUUCCAAAAAACCGGCUGCGGACCAGUCCUCAGCCAGAGCAGACACUUUGAAGGCCUUGGGCCUCAUCUACCACUACACUAGAUCAGUUGACGCCACCUUGCUCACGCUUAUGCUGCCAAGCAACUACUACAUCAAGCUUACGAAAGCGUUCGACACCACCCUCACGCAAAUCAAAAGUAGGUCGCUCGUCCUCAAAGACCUACAGAGGCUCGUCGGACUGGCGACCUUCGGCACGCAACACACCCGAUCGAAGAUCGGCACCGAGCUGCUCCGCCCGCUAUACAAAUGGCUGGGCGAGCCACUCUUUCACACCCUCAAAAAAUGCAAGAAGCGCCGCAGCAUGCUCCGCAUCCACGUUGUGGCGCUGCAACACCUUCUGCCGAACCUACCGCGAAUCACCCACGGCAAGACAGCCUCACGGAUUACGCAGUCCUACCUGGCCACGGAUGCUUCAUCCGACGGUGGACCUGAUGGGCAACCCGUACUAGGUGCCUUUCACAUUAACGCACAAGGAAAGCGCCAAGCAUUCACCGUAUUAAUCGACCGCCAGCACAUCGAGAACGUCUUCGGUAACACUAUCUGCAUCGAAGUCCUCGAAGCAAUGGCUACCUACCUCGCCCUCACCACCUGGGCAACCGCGAACGACUUCAUGCACAUCUCCCUUGACAACGUUACCCAACUCUACGCGCGCGUGAAGAUGGCUGCAAAAUCAUCACACUUGCUAAACAUCAUCACCAAAUCCACCUUGCGUGCCGCCUCAGCCGAGCAGCGCACCUUCUACCGCUACGUCAGCACCCACUUCAACAUAGCGGACAUCUUCUCGAGAGAGGACUGCGCCUCCUUCCGCCACUUACUGGCCGAAGUCAUCGAAGUACGACAACCAAACUGGACAAUUGUACUUAAGACCCUUAACCAGAAAGCACUGCUACCGGAGGUUACGGACUCCGGUCCCGAUACCCGAAAGAACACACAGCCUACCCCUCUUCCAGCACCACCGUGUGAUAAUCAACCACCCACGAAAAAGCAACGCAAGUAA